CAAAACGUUCACGAUCGAUGAUCGUUUUCGAAGAAUGAAAAUUACCUUCCCCAGCCGGAGUCAUUUUCCACUUUUCGUGUCUUAUCGCGUCGGCUGCAGUCAUUAGUUUUCAAAUUUCAUCGAGUGAAACGAAUAACAAUAUAUUUGGCACCGGUUCGGGGCAGUAUUGGUCGUGUUCUCGAACCGUAAACAUGUUCCGACUGUUUGCGGUCGUCUUCGUUGCGCUCUAUUGCAUCGAAAACGUCGCGGGUGCUGUUGGCCAACCGAUGGAAGGCGAGUCCGAAGCCGGACUCGACUACCAAAAGCUGCUCGCAAAACUAGAGAUAUUGGAUACAAAGAUCACCCGGGUGGAAACAACAUCCAGGGAUCAAUUCUCGUCACUCGAAUCGAAACUCGACAAGAUCGCCAAAGAGAUUGAAAAUAUCAGCUGGUCGGUGCAGUACGCGCAGAAAGAUGUUCGAGUUUUAAGAGGAGAAAUUCAGCAGUUCAAAAAUCACUCGAACGAACAACUGAAAUCAUUGGGUGGCAGUGUUACCAUUAUACAAUCGUUGCUGGUUGAAGGCCAUCGACAAAAACAAGUGUAUCCUGUAAAUCGUGAAUCAUCGCACCAAACGACUGCACAAGAGCUCAGAAUAUAUGACAGUUGUGAUGUUGCCUCUCGCAAUGAAUCAAAAAUAGAAAGGGUUCUACCCGAACCAGGCUUCGGAGAUUCCUUUCCCGUGUUGUGCGAUCAGAGUUAUGAAAGUGGCGGCUGGACUGUGAUACAAAAUCGUUUCAAUGGUUCGGUGGACUUUUAUCGUGGAUGGAAAGAAUACAAGAAUGGGUUUGGAAAUUUGAAUGGCGAGUUUUGGCUCGGAUUGGACAGAUUACAUGCCCUGACAUACUCAGCACCUCACGAACUGCACGUUCUAAUGGAGGAUUUUGACAACAAGACUGUGGUGGCCAAAUAUUCGCGAUUUGCAGUAGGUAAUGAGCAUGAAUCUUAUUCGAUAACUAGGCUGGGGAAUUACACCGGAAGUGCCGGCGACGGACUAAGCUAUCAUCGAGGAUCGAAGUUCUCCACGAUGGAUGUGAACCAUGAUGUUCCAGGGAAUAACGGAGGCGUCGAUUGGACCGGUGCAUGGUGGUACCGCAGGGGACAUCACAGUAACUUGAACGGACAGUACUUGAAAGGUGCUGUCGAUCACACAAAGUAUCACGGCAAGGGGAUAACUUGGAAUCCCUUCAGAGGAGACGAUUAUUCACUGAAACGAUCACGGAUGAUGAUCAAACGCAUUCUGAAUUAGUAACUACAGAAUAUAAGUAAUUUGUGAACGAAAAUUAUAGGAACAAAAAAAAGGAACAAAAUAUGUGGAAUAUGAAUUUUCGUGCAAGAUGAUUAUGAAUGAAAUAUACAGUGUCGGAAAAAGAUAAUGAGCGUCAUGAAUACUCUUCUGUCCAUGGCGGAUAUUGAGAUAUUUAGGAUGACUUUGGGGAUCGCUUCAGAAAAACCAUAGCGUUGGAGUUUGGUCAGUGAUAAAAACAAUUGGGUUGAUGGUGCAGUUCACAUUUCAACGAUCUUGUGUGCUGCUAUUCCUCUGUUCAACGUUGGACUACGUUUAUCAGGAUGUAAAAAUAAAAUCUAAGAAGUGAACAUGUACCGAAAAACGCAAGAUUUCGAACGCAUAUAACUCGACCAUUUAUUGAUAGAUCGCAAAGAUGUUUGCAUCAAUUGAUUGGAAAUAUAUCCACACAUCUAUUGUAAUUAAUAAAAUUUUGUUGGUUUUAACCAAA